ACUUUUUUUUUUUUUUAACGAGGAGGCGGACUCGGGUUACAACCGACUCCCGUAACCGAUCCCACAGCAGCCGAGAGAAGAAAACGCUCUUUCAAUAAUUCACACAUCUGGGUCCGAUACGCGGGUCAUAGAACAAGAAGCAGCUGCGAAAGGGAGGACGUGUUUCUGUAGCGCGGAGCUCCAGCAAAACAAAACAAAAAGACAACACCCCCCCACCAAAAAAUGCUGUGAAGCAACUUUUUCCCCCUGCGCUGCCAGGAUGAAGACUUGAGAGGUUUUGUUCUGAAUUAACUUUGUCACACUGUCGGCUGGCUUCUCCUGUGUGCCCCUGAGACUGGACCAUGGACUCCUUCAGCACCAAGAGCUUGGCCCUGCAGGCGCAGAAGAAGCUGAUGAGCAAGAUGGCCACCAAGAGCAUGGCCAACCUCUUCAUCGACGACACCAGCAGCGAGGUGCUGGACGACCUGUACCGCGUCACAAAGGAGUACACCCGCAACCGCAAGGAGUCCCAGAAGAUCAUCAAGAACUUGAUCAAGAUGGUGGUGAAGCUGGGAGUGCUCUACAGAAACAACCAGUUCAACAGCGAGGAGCUGAUCCUGGUGGAUAACUUCAGGAAGAAAGUCCACACUCUGGCCAUGACGGCGGUCAGCUUCCACCAGAUUGAGUUCACCUUUGACCGCCGCGUCAUGAGCGCCAUUUUGAAUGAUUGCCGCGAGCUUCUGCACCAGGCCAUCAAACGCCACCUGACAGCCAAGAGCCACUCGAGAGUCAACCACGUGUUCAACCAUUUCGCCGACUGUGACUUCCUGGCGUGUCUCUACGGGCCCUCCGAGGUGUACCGCGCCCACCUGCAGAGGAUCUGCAACGGGAUCAACAAGAUGCUCGAUGAAGGGAACCUCUGACCUCCCCACUUCUCUUCGUCGGGCACCUGUACCUCAUUACCAAAGUUAUUGUUCAUUUUUUUGCUUUUUGUUUGUGUGCCUUUCAGCCAGAACACUGAAUUUUUUUAUCUUGUCUAGUUAGUCCAAUGUCUGUCUCUUCUUUUUUUUUCCAUUAUUCCACAGUAAACAAAACCCGGCUGAUUUUUAUAAACGAAUGUAAAACUUUUCGCUCUUAUCAGUAUAUUCAGGGAUUGGAGCCAUGACAACUGUGCCUUUGGGGGAAAAAAACACCAUAUUUGUGUCUUCCAUCCAAGGGCGUUCUGCUUGCUCCCUUACUUAAUCAAAAAGACACAGCCAGCACAAGCCUUUACUCAUAUCUCGACGAGGAGCUUUAAUGGACCCAAAUGGUUUUGAGUCCAACCGCAGCGGAAAGAAAGUGAAUUUUUGUAUAUUCCAAAUACCCACGGAUAAAGAAGUGAAUUUUUUUUGACAUAUUUUUUAAAAGUAGUAUUGCACUCAAUCCCGAACAAGCGCUGCACUGUACUUUCCUGCAAUAAUGAAACCAUGUGAAACACUGCAGUUGAUUAAUCCGCUUGGCCUAAACAUUACAGCUUUCACUGUCGUGCACUGGACUUUGUAGAGAGGCCAGGCCUUUUUCUUUUUUUUUCUUCUUUUUUUUUGUUAGAAGGCACCUAAUAAACCAAAAUCUUUUUCUUUUAAUAGUCUAAAUUACAGCCACCGCAACAAAGAUGAGCUAUUUGGGUCACAAAGGGACCAUAAACGUGUAGGAAUUUGACUGUGCUGCAUACUGUCGAACAACUUUGGGGCUAUAAGUGUCAUAAUCACAACAGGGAAGCGGCACAAUAUGGCACCAGCUGCAAAGGUUCCUCCGGUCAGAGAGGAAUAAAGAGCGACCGCAGACUAACUAAUCGUCAUAAUAGACGUUCCGGCCCCGGGUCAGCUGUGUUUCAGAAUUUAUCGCCCGGUGCCUCGGGUUUAUCCGAAAAGCACUAAAACUCUGGUCAGAAUUCUGACAGAUUUGAACUAAAAAGACUCCCCGAGAGCAGUCGGAUGAAAGGCUGGUUGGGGAAACCGCUGCUCGGUGUUUAUGAAAAGGGCCAGGCGUGGUAUAGAGAUUAGAGCAGAGACAAACACAGUACCUGAUUGUACUCUUCCCCACUGCAAUUACAGCCCCCUGUUCUGGGGCGGCAUAAUGGCCCGCAGCCUGUCUUUGUCGAGCAGCCUCUCCAUUUCGCCUGACAGCAGCCUCGUGUAAUGUGACGGAGAUAGCCAUCGCUGUUCGCGCCGCGCACGUCAUUUUAAUGGAGUGAAAGAUGUUGUUGCGUUUCUUCCUUAAAAUGAGAAUAUGAAUAGCCGCCGUCCCUCCCCGAACGCUCUCAUAAUGGCCGCCUUACCUUUUUGUCCGUGUGUUUUGUAUCACCGAGUCUGUCUGGGAGAUUGUUUUGUGCUGGGGCCUCAUUUUGUAUUCUGUUUGCGAGAGCGUGUGUGUGUGUGUGUGUGUGUGUUUUGGGUGCGUACCUGUGAGAGAAUUGGAAAUUGAGCCGUGUAAUACGCGCUGUGCUUUUCCAGAUAGGAUUGCUGAAACUUUAACUUCAUCCACAGCAGCUCUGCCAAAGAAACGAAGACUGAUGUUACUCCAAAUGCAGAACCUCUUCUUUUUUCUUUUUUUUUUCUUCGAGAGGAACAUUUCAGGAGACUGUAUGCACUUGGUAAUUAUAGCCCCCGAUAACGGUGAUAAUGAAGACAUAGAUGGUGGCCGUUGUGGUUUUGCCUUUUCUACUUCUCGGAUGACUCCCCUGUGCAUAAUCCUCGUUUGUUAAACCCAUUUCACUGUCACUGCAUUAUUUCGACAGGCUCAGCAGUAAAUCUGCUAGUAAAGUCCCCCCUUAAACAGUCGACUUUAAUUGUGUUUUGUCGCCAUUUUCUCCAAUCCCUCUACAUGUCAGGGUUAGUUUAAAUCCAUGACACACUAAGUAGAAAUCACCCAAACAGCCCCACUUAUUUUACUACAGCCCUCAUGUUAAGCAUACUUUAUCAUGUUGCAUUUUCGCUAUUGUGGACUGUGAAAUGUUUUUAAUUUCACUCGUGUACAUACGAUGUUUUUGUGUCCCCCGUAUUGUAUCCAGACGCAACAAAUAUAAUACAACUCACUAUUUUUAAAGAAUAAAGUUGUCUUUUUUUUUUUUGUUUACCCUCAAUCAAGCGCUGAGCAUCUUCCCAUUAGUCUGUUGGAUUGUGGAGUUUUAGAGGUUAAUCUGACGACGUCUGACCUGGAUUAAGUCGGCCAAAUCCCUUUUUUUUCCUGCUCCCUUCAUUGUUUGGCGGCCUUGAAAGCAAACACGAACCCAUCCGCCUGACAAACAAUUCCACUCGGGGUGGGUUCUUUCCACUUCCUGCGGGCCUUCUCCACGGUCAAAGGAAGGAACAGGAAAUUAGUCAAAUGGAAAGAGUUCUUGCUUCUGUUUUGGGGAAAUGAAACAAUCAGCUGCAGUUUAAUUUCAAGUGCAGCCCGAGCAGCACUGGAUCCCGUGUUGAGUUUAAUCCAUCAUUGACUUUGCCACUUUUCCUUUAGCGCGUCUGCAGAUCCUCCCUCCAGCACACUUGAAAGGCAACUGCAGCACCAAGAGCCCCAAUUAUCAUCUUAAUAAUUGUGAAGAAUGUUUUUUCUUUUUCUUUUGGUGAAUGCACCCUCGAGUUCAGGGAGUGUUAUGACUAAACUGGGAUGUCUCCUCGUCUCUGUGUUCUUCUUCCUCUUCCUAUUUGACUUAACCGUUACGUCUAAUUAAGCAAAAACAUCCUGACGCUAAUUAUUCGCCUGUCAUUUUAGGCCGGUUGUGUACACAAUCGAAAACAGAAUAAAAGCUUCUGUGUGUG